UUACAGUACUUGUUUCCGUCGAGGUUAUAUCAUUUUAUUAGUUGCAAUAAUAUUUAAAAAAUGCCCGAAAAUGAAUCAAACAAUACCCAACCUAAAGAAGACAGUCUACCUGACGAAUGGAUGAUUCGACCAAGCGUAGUUUAUGAUGAUGAAUAUUCCGAUUGUCGGUCAAUAAAAAGUCGCUUUCAACAAUACUUUGUUGAUGGCCAUAGCACUGACUGCACACAAUGGAAACGCGACUUGGAUAAUUCAUACAAAUGGGAAGCCAACAGAGACAUUAAAGCUGGUAAAGAAAUAAUUGUUAGUGAGAAAAUCAGACGUUUCGAACGCAUGAAAGCACAUUAUGACAAUGAUGUGUGGGAAAAGAGGAAGAACCCUCCAGAAGAUUGGAGUAAACCACUGCCAGAGUAUAUGCAGAAGGAAUAUGAAGCCACCUACUUGAAUAUUAAAAGUAAAGAAAUCAAAGGUGAAAUUGAGCCUACUUUUGACACAAGUUGUACGAUCAUGUAAUUAGGUAGCAUUUAUUAAAUUAGUUUACUUAGAAA